AUGAUUCAUUUUGACGAAGAGGAAUUGCCAGAUAGUGUGUACCUGGGAUACGUCAGCUUAUCGGUUUACAAACAAUGCAGCCUGUCUCCUACAAGGUCUAGUUGGUUCAUUAGUGUUCAGUUUUGGGGUGAAAGAGGCAGCUUGUCUAAUAGAAACAGUGACAGGAGACUUUCAGUGACAAAGAAAAAGAACCAGAAGGCUGGUACAAUCAAAGAGAGAUCAAACAAUGGAAGCGGGGUUGCUUCUAUAACUUCAUUUUUCAGGAAUACACCACCAUGUAAACUGGCCUGCCCUCUGUGUGGCAAACUUGUACCUCGUUACAAGAUUAAUGAACAUAUAGACUCGGAGUGCCAGACUUUUCUUGGAGAUGAUCACGAAGAUGCAUUGGCUGUCACUGAUGACAAGCAGGAGAAAAUUACCAAAUCAACCUUUAAUGGUGUGGUAACUCAAAAUGAAGGGAAAGAGAAAAGCCCAGAAGAGAAAGAGACAUAUUUUAAAAAGAACUGUGUGCUUAGGCAAGAUUCAGAGGAAACAAAUGCACAAACUAAAGCGGUUAAGACAAUUGGUCUUGAGCUUUCAUCGAAACUCUCAAGAAGAGCACUUUGGCUCUCAGCUGACAGUGAGAUGGAUCGAGAGGCAAAGAAUGUGGAGUUAAGUGGUUCUCAGAAAGAAAACUUUAGUUUUGAAUCCAGAGGCUGUUUCAUGGAUACAGAUAACACAUUAUCGGUUGAACAAGCAGCUUCAAGCCAACUUCCGAGAAAUCUCAGGAGCACUGCUGUUCAGUCAGUGAAAUCUGCAUCCUCAUCCAAGGUACUAAAGAGGAAGUCAGAGGAUGUUCCUAAAAUUGACACAAACACUAUAGAAACCAUCGGCAUGCAAAAAAAAAGAAGGCAUUUUCAAAAUAAAAGUACAAGACAGACAGCAAAUGUCGGAUCAGAUCAAACGGAGUCCUCGUCUAGUGUCAAUAAUAUUCCAUCAUCAGAGACUCCAACUAAAAAGGAGACCACACAUGAAGAUAUUGAGAGGAGGUUGAGUACCACGCCAGGUGAUGAACCCAAAAUGCUCGAGAAAGCCAGUGAGGGAUCAGAGUGUCAAAGUACCAGGCGUCCAUAUUACCUGCAGAACUUUCUGACUGUCCUCGAGGCGGUUAUGGAAAAUGAGGAUGAUAGGAUGCUUUUUAACGAGGAUGACUUCUCAACCAUUCACACUUUUCAGCAGCUCUCAGCACCUGGUCAGAUGCUUUACGUACGUCUGUUCCAAAGAAAGCUGAAAUGGCUUCAGGUAGGUAAGGUGGAAUACACUGAGAUCAGCUCCAACCUAAGACCUGUCAUUCAAGAGCUGGUUGCUUGUGGCUUCUUACAAACAGGCCUUCCUUUGUCAAAAUCGGAGCUUCAUGACACCCAGGAAGUUCUGGAUCUGCUGCCUGCUCCAGAGAUCAGAAACCUGGCCAAAACAUUUCACCUUGGGCGUGGAGGGAAUGGCACUCAGAAGCAACAGUUGGUAGAGAGUCUACUCCAGCUGGGGAAACAGCAAUCACUCUUUUCUGGUCAAAACAACACAGCUGCUGUCAUUCUCAAGAGGGCCAAGCAAGUUGCAGGCUCCUGAGUGCGUCUGUGCCGCAUAUCGCGUGCUGUGUUUUCCAGCGUCCUACUUCUCUUCUCCCUCACAGACACUUUGGAGGAGGAGGAGAUGGCUGCUGGUCAGGGGCAGCUCUACACUAUUCUUCUGGUCAACUCUGGCCGCCUUGCUUUCCCAGACUACAGUGUGUAUCGCUCAGCCAGACUGUUUCAGGACAGGGAUGACCUCAUCAGGUAUGAGGCGGCAAUGCGUACGCUGCAGGAGGUGAUCACAGCAAUGGAGACAGGCUGUUGGGAGGACGCCCAUGACCUCUAUACUGCAGCAAAGGCUGCCUGGAAAGAGACUAAACACACCAGUGACCUAAGGUUUGAACUAAACAACGAAAAUGAGCUGCCUGUUUUUCUGCGUUGUUUCACUGUGGGCUGGACCUACACUCGUAUACUGUCUCGAGGAGUUGAGAUUUUACAACGACUUCGCUGCUAUGAGGAGGCGGUGGAGGAGCUCAGGAAUCUUUUGUCUCAGUCAGUGUAUUGUCCAAACAGUAGGGGGCGUUGGUGGGACAGACUUGCUCUCAAUCUCCAACAGCACCUAAAGCAACAUGAGCAGGCAAUCUGUGCUAUCCGGGAUGGACUCAAGGACCCUCUGGUUCGAACAGGCCACCAGUUAUCACUGCAACAGCGAGCUUCCCGAAUGAAGGAAUCUGCUAGUUUAGUUUACCAUCUACUGCUACGAGAUCUACCCACUGUGCACAUACAAGAUGUCACUCAUGUGAUGAUUAGAGGACAGCUCUCUCCUCAUGAGGGUGGUAUGGGCAAAUCAGUGUUCCUUAGAGCAGCCGAUGAGAACGAAGUCUCCAGAGAGGGAAGAGACACUAUGGUCAUGUGUUCUGUUGAGGAUCUGGCUUUGGCUCACUACAGAACACUUGGUUUUGAUCAAGGUAUUCAUGGAGAAGGCUCUACAUUUUCCACUCUGUUCGGACUCCUCAUGUGGGACAUCAUUUUCAUGGAUGGGGUUCCUGAUGUCUUCCGAAACCCCUAUCAGACUUGUCCUUUGGAUUUGCACACUGAUUGUUUCUAUGGUAACCGGAGGGAAGCCAUUGAGGCUCGCGCUGAGAUGUUGUGUGAGGCCUCUUCAGAAACGCUGCUGGAGCUGCUCGCUGAUGUGUGGAACGCACAGGAGGGGAGAGUUUGUGCGCUGAUAAACUGGGAUCGCUUCUCCUCUCUUCAACAGGCGCAGAGUCUGGUGGAAUGUCUGGGUGGGCCGUUCUUGAGCGGUGUGGUCCUCAGAAUGGCAAAGGAUUACAGACACUGCAGAGGAGGGCUUCCUGAUCUGGUAGUCUGGAGCUCUUCCAACAGGAAGUGCAAGCUUGUGGAAGUGAAGGGGCCUAAUGACCGUCUGUCCCAGAAGCAACAGAUCUGGUUGGAUGAGCUCUCUAAGCUUGGGGCAGAUGUAGAAGUGUGCCAUGUCACCGCCAUUGGAGCACGAGGAGUUUGGCUGAAGUGAAGCUGCUCUCACACUAAAAAUGAAGACUCUUAAGCAGACAUGAAACGCCAAACAAGCCAACUGAAUUUAUAAAUGCUUAAAGCACGCAACCUGGAUUUGAUGAUGGUAUUCAAAUCUCAGUUUGCCACUACCUCUGGUGAAUUAAAAGAAGAGUAUUAAAGGCACUAUAAGGGAGUUUGAAAGAUAGGACUUAAUCUCCCCAUCCGAACCCUUAUUACCACUGCUUGUUAAAUGACCUCGUGGCAUUGCCUGACUUGUAUUUUUUUAUUCUUGUGCUUAUUGGAAGGUGGCAAUAUAUAUUUUAAUGACUGAGAAAAAAAAAAGAAAUUUCUGAAGUGAAUUUUAAAGAAAUCACAAGUUAUAGUGGAUAACUUAAGGAUCAUGCGUCUUAAUGCAAAUCACUGCUUUAAUAUUUACACUAUAUGGACUAAAGUUUGUCAAAUUUUAACUAACAUGUUUGGCUAUUCCAUUAAUUUCAGUGAAGACAAAUCUUAAUGCUACAGCAUACAAUGGCAUUCCAAAUAAUUGUUUUAGGAGAGCCCUUUUUUGUUCCAGCAUAACAAUGCCCCUGUGCACAAAGCAAGGUCCAUUAAGAAAUAAUGCACCGAGUCUGAGGAAGAACUUGACUGACCUGCACAAAGCCCUGACCUGAAGAUCUUUGGGAUGAACUGGAUGCCCACUGCAACCUAGGGUCCAUUACCAAUCAGUGUCUGAUCUCACAGAUGUUCAGGUGUCUGAAAUUGUUCAAACAUUUUUUUAAAGAUUUAUUCCAACAUCAAGUAUAAAGUCUUUCCAGCAUAGAUGAAUGUGUGCUAAAAGCAAAGAGUGGGAUUCGUUCUUGUGAUUUUGGAAUUAAAUGUUCAACAAACACUUAUGAAUGUUGGUGUUCAAGUGUCCACAUACUUUUGGCCAUAGAGUGUACAUAUGAUUGCAAGACUGCUGCAUACAAAACGACAUAUGCACCGAACUGUUGCACAUUAUCUUCAGUGAUUGGAUAUUACUCAAUCUUUUGUCUAUUAUUGUGGUCAAAAACGUAGAGGAAUAGAUGGCCACAUUCCAAGACUGAAAUGCCUUUUCAAUUCAUGCUAUGCGUAUCCUUUAUGUCAGACGCUCAGACAAAACAUGCUGUGUUAAUGUUAAACAUGUCAUCUUCAAACUUUGAGGACUUUUGUUUGGUCUGAAGUGAAUCAGGCUUUACAGGUCGUCUUCUGUACAGUUUGAACUUUGCAGCAUCAUGCUUACUGCAAUCUACAUAAAUCAGAUAAGUGCAGGUAAAAGAACACCAUUACAUUUCUUUAGUGUCAAGGCCAGAGAAUCUCAAGUACAAUACAAGCAGCUUUAGUCCUGUCUGUUUAAACAUUUAAUUAAAAUGUUUUAACAUAACAUUGAACAAUGAGGAUAGAGACAUUUAAAGGAAAUGUUCACCCAAAAAUGAAAAUUCAUCACAUCACUUUAUUGUCACUCAAUCAUAUACACAAGUGCAACAGAGGGUGAAAGUCGGGUGCAGUUCCGAGCAAUAACAGUAUGACAAAUACAAUAAACAUCUAGUACACAUAACAUAAUUUACAUACUUAUUACAAAACAUAAAAUGCACUUAAUAAUAAACAGUAUACACAAAAUAAGAAGACUAUACAACCAAAAUAGGUUUUUUUACAUGAAGUGUUAUGUUGACAUUCAGCUGUCGGUUGAUAGUCAGUUGCCUGUGUGUCAUCAUUUACUCACACUCAUGCUAUCUCAGAUGUUUGCAAAUUUUUUCAAAACUCAAAUGAAGAUUUUUAGGAUAAUACUUCAGCUCUGUGGGUCCAUACAGUGCAAAAAACACACAAAGGCAGCAUACAAGUAAUUCAUAAGACUCCCGUGGAAAAAAGAAUAUUCUGUGUUCAAUACAAGUUAAGCUCAAUAGACAGAAAUGGCAUAAUGUUGAUUACCACAAAAAAUACCUCCUUUCUUAAAAAAAAAACGAGGUUGCAGUGAGGCUCUUAUAAUGGAAGUGAAUGGGGGAAGAUUUUUGGAUACUUUAAAGGCAGAAAUGUGAAGGUUAUAAUUUUAUGAUAGCACAAUUCUUAUGUAACAACUUGUGUAUUAUUUGAGCUACAAAGUUGUUUGACAUUGCAUCGUUAUGGCAAUUAAGUUGUAAAAUUGGCUAUAUCUGUUUAUAAAAAAGGUUAGUGAGCAAUUGUAUUACACUAAAACCAGGAUAAUAUGUAUAUUGUUUGUCUUGUGACUAUACUUUUGAAAUAUUAUUUUAACUUUUACGAAUUGACACAUUUACUUUCAUUGUAAGUGUCUCAUUGGAACCCAGAUUUUAUUUUUUUCUUAAGAAA